AUGACUGGACGCGGAAAAGGUGGUAAGGGACUCGGAAAGGGUGGUGCCAAGCGUCACAGGAAAAUUCUUCGUGACAACAUUCAGGGUAUCACCAAGCCUGCUAUUCGUCGUCUCGCACGUCGUGGUGGUGUCAAGCGUAUCUCUGCUAGUACGCUCCUCCUUCCCAUCAUUACAACUCAAGUGCACAUCAUUAACGUUUCCAUCAAACAGUGAUCUACGAAGAGACCCGCGGUGUUCUCAAGACCUUCCUCGAAGGCGUUAUUCGCGAUGCCGUCACCUACACCGAACACGCUAAGCGCAAGACCGUCACCUCACUCGACGUCGUCUACGCUCUUAAGCGUCAAGGACGCACCCUCUACGGUUUCGGUGGUUAA